CAUAUACAUACAUAUCAAAUUUGAAAUAAUGUCUGGCAAUUGGUAAUAGGUGUCGAAUAACGAGAGCACGCGUUAUCUUAGGGGGCGUUACCUUAUAUCCAGUUUUCAGUACAUAACAUUGUAUUAACCUUUAUUCCAUAUUUGUAUUCGUUCAGGUCAUCAUGUUCUCACUAAGGAACCAUUCGUUAUUUCUGUUAUUUUUUUAUUCUAUCUGCUGCUAUGCCGACGACACCUGUCCUUCCGAACGAGAUCAGCCGCUGCACGAUGAAGCUAAACUUCAUAAAGAUUUACUUUGUGCGUACAACGUCGACAAUCGACCAGUGACAGAUCACAAGAAAACCGUCACUGUAAAACUAAGAGUCGUUCUGAAGUACAUCAGCUUCGAUUCCCUCGAGGAGACUUUCACCCUGCACAGCUGGAUGGCGCUGACGUGGAAAGACGAAUAUCUUAAAUGGACUCCGUCUAACUAUGGCGGCAUCAAGGAGAUUCAGAUCGAGAGUCACGAAAUCUGGACGCCGCGACUGGCUCUGUUUAAUGCGGACGCCUCCUUGUACCAGUCGGACAACAUUUACACGACCUGCCUACUGGACAGCGACGGCGCCGUGACCUGCGUGCCUCCCGUCGCGCACUCGGGCAUCUGCCGCACCUCGCUUCGCCGCUGGCCCUACGACACUCAGAACUGCACGCUCUACUUCGGUUCCUGGAUGCACACCGGCGAGCAGGUCAACUUUACGUUCUACAAAAAUUUACCCAUAGUGAUGGAAGACUACCAGAACGGGCCAGGCUGGCGCCUAAUGAACGUAUUGAACGAACGGAUGCCCGGAAAGUACAGCUGCUGCCCCAACAGUACGUACCCGAUGCUGAAGUAUACUUUUAUGCUGAAACGGGAGGCGGCCGGGCCGGCGGCGAUCGUCGUGGUGCCGUCCAUCGCCAUUGUUACACUCACGCUGACUUCGCUGGUCCUCGAUAUAAGGGACAAUACGCGACUCUUUAUGAUGUGCUUCAGUCUCUUCGGUCACUUUAUAUUUCUAACUGAAAUAGGAUACGACAUUCCGAAGCACAGCGCAGACACUCCUAUCAUUCUAUUGUUCGUCCGGGACUCGAUGAUCGUGACCGUGGCGGGAGUGGUGGUGACAUUGGUUUUGAUGUCUAUACGACGACGCAGUGUGCCCCCGCCGGCCUGGCUCGCCGCGGCCAACCGCCUGGUCACCAGCGGGCCCGGUAAGUACGUCGUAUUCACAGAAUUCGACCCCUGUGACACCACCGAGGUUAAAACCCUCUCGGACGAUGGAAACGCCUCUAAUUUAAACGAAGAAAAAUCUCGCACUGCGACUGAAUGGAUUUUGUUUGCAAAUCUACUCAACAGCGUUGUCUUCAUCGUAUCGUUGAUCGUUUACCUCGUAUUAGUAAUCUCAUACAUACCUCGGGAUAAUUGAAUCCAACGGAUUUAUUCAUCAGUCAAUAUGCGUUGCACAUGCACCCUACUUGAGCUUAAAUUUACAGGAAGGUUAGCCCAUGUGAACAAGACAGACUUAUUUAAGUCUCUUUCUAUGUAAACUAUUAAUAAAGGGAUAUAUUCGCCGCACUCUAACUCUUACAUUCAUAAACUUUGAUCAAUUAUUGUUAAGCUUAUACAGAAAUAAACUUCUAAUACCAUU